UAUAGCUGAACUUGGUGUUGGCACAUUACUUCUGGUAAAUAAGUAAAUAAACUAAUUACCAAUACCUUUAAAUAUGACGCAGAAAUACAUCACACUUUGUAUCAUGAUCGAUCAUUUUGUAGUUCUUUUAGAUGAUGCCGUUAGCAGUGUAACCGUAGAAAACUGCGUUUCCAUAAAAGGAGCUUUACUGCGAUUUCACUGUAUUAAAUAUUAUACCAUUGUAAUAUUAUAUACAAUUAUCACUUUCUAAACAUUUUCACUGACAUAAAUGGAACAAAGGCGAGACAAAACUGAAGGGAAUAGAAUGAUAAAUGAUUCAAGCAGGUUGUCAGGGCGGAGGCACGUCACCGCCAAGUGGGCGUGUCUCAUCGGGCUGAGCGAUGCACCGCUAAGCCGCAGCAGAGCUUCAGUCAGACGGGCAGAGAGCAAGCCGAUCACCGCGCCGGGUGUGUGUCUGUGUGCGUGUUGGCCGGAGUGUCGGCGAUGGAAACCACGGAGAUAUUUUUGUACAUCUUCCUCGUGUCUCACUACUUGUGGAACGUCGCGUUCAUCUCCUGGCUCUUGGUGUUCGGUUCGCCCACGGAGCUCACCAACUAUGCAUUGCCUCACUGAAGUUGGCGUGGAGCGGCUGCAGACUCGUUAUGGACUGUUGUGAAAUUCUAGCAUUUCCUCUUUUGAGAACUGGUGACCCACACAGGAUUUCCGGAGGAUAUUACAUCUGUUUCUCAUAACGGUCCAUGCCACUGUUUUGGUCACCAUGGAGAAGGCUGCUGUUAGAAUAGUGUAAUAGUGUACCUGCCAUCUUACUUUGUUAGGGGCUCAUUGGUCAAGUGAACUUUCCACACAAGAGCUGCAUCCAAGUGGAAGAAGUCAACCAUGGCUUUACCAGAUAGCGGCAUAUCUGCAGAGGAGGUGCCCUUCCCAGAGAUCAUCGAGCUGAAUGUCGGCGGCCAGGUGUACAUAACCCGCUACUCGACCCUCACAAGCGUGCCGGACUCACUGCUAUGGGAGAUGUUCAGUCGCAAGUCAGCCAAAGGACUGGCCAGGGACACCAAAGGGCGUUUCUUUGUGGAUCGGGAUGGCUUUCUUUUCCGUUACAUCCUGGACUACAUGCGGGACCAGCAGCUGGUCCUUCCAGACCACUUCCCCGAACGUGGGCGGCUGCAGAGGGAGGCAGAGUUCUUUAACCUACCCGAGCUUGUCAAGCAACUGGCACCCAAAAUCAGCAAGCAGAACUCCUUGGGUGAUGACGGGUGUCAAAGCGACCCGGAGGACUCGUCACCUGGGAUCGACACAGCCCGGAACCUCGGGUCCCUGGGUGCUGCUGCGGCAGCCUGCGGAAGCCUGAUGCCCAGCCCCAUGGACGGGAAGAGGUCCGGGUUCAUCACCAUCGGCUACAGAGGCUCGUACACUCUGGGCCGCGACAGCCACACCGAUGCCAAAUUCCGUCGGGUGGCCCGCAUCAUGGUCUGCGGGAAGACCUCCCUGGCCAAAGAGGUCUUUGGGGACACCCUGAAUGAGAGCCGCGACCCAGAUCGUCCGCCUGAGCGCUACACGUCCCGCUACUAUCUCAAGUUCACAUUUCUGGAGCAGGCCUUCGACAAGCUGGCCGACGCCGGCUUCCACAUGGUGGCCUGCAACUCCACAGGAACCUGCGCCUUUGCCCACGAGCAGACAGACGACAAGAUCUGGACCAGCUACACUGAAUAUGUGUUCUACCGAGGUUCAUCUAUAAUUCCGAAGGCCAACACAACAUCAGAUUUCCGCAUUCAGCCUGAAGUGGCUCCAUCUAAUCCUCAGACGGAAUCGGCCUCGGCGGAUCCAAUCAGCAGCAUCAGCAGCACCACUGGCGGACGAACCCAAAGCCUCCCAGAAAGCAGCAGCAUCACAACACCAGACAUCCAACCAUCGCUGCCCCUUGACUCCCCUCCUGCUCGGCUCACCCCUCCGCUUCCCCCUCCUCCUCCUCCACCAUCGCUUCCCUCUGGAAGCCCCGAUUUUUCCCCUCCAUCCCCUCCUGUCCCGACCCACACUCUACCAUCAUCUAAAUCUUCCAGUCCUCCUUCAACUCCGCCCCCGGCUGAGAGCCCCCAUCGCCCGACCACCCUCCACUUAAAGACGCUUCCCAGGAUCAACCCGCGAGAAAACGGCGCACCUCCUCCUGCUAUUAACGAGGAUGAGGAGGAGCGGAAGCUGCUGGAGGAGGAUCUAAAGAAAUGCAUUGAUGACUUCAAAAAAAUCCGAAUGCCCAAAGUGUUCCCCGAUCGCAAGAGGCACUGGCAAAACGACCUGCUCAAGAAGUACAACGCAUAGUGCGCUCGGCGAAUACGUUUGAACCCGUCCAUUUUCCACCAUCUUCUUACGGAUGUUGGCAAGUUUACUUUAACGCUCCAGUAGAAGCACCGGCAUGCCGACUGAAUCGCAACGACUCUUUGAAGCUAGCGCGGCUCUAGAGUGUUAGCUAGUUAGCUUUGCAAAACGACGCUCGAGUUUCCCCGUCAUGCACGACGACGUCCUUUUAGUUAGUGAAAAAAACUUGUGUUCAUCCAAGCUUUUUGCAAAUAUUAUUAAAUAUUUUCAAAUGUA